CCAAACCUUAACGAAGACAAUGCGUUGGUCUCCUCUUCGCCGCCGCUAAGAACCACACCAACGAUUCCAAUGACGGCACCCAUUCUGACGCCCAAUAAAAUGAUGUCUCCCACGAGAACUGGACAUUUGGGAGUUUACGGACCGCGAAGACUCUCAGAGCCCGAUCUCAGCGGUUCCACUCCUAAAGCGCACUCAGGAUUGAGUAAUUCUAGCGGAAGCGGUAGUUCUGGUCGUAAAUAUAUUAUUUCGCCCGAAAGUCUUCAUCUCUUAGAAUAUCCGUUCAUAACAAUGAAGUCGUUUCCAUCAAACCUUAUACUCCAUAUCGGAGGUGUUGUGUCCGCCCGUUCUGUCAAACUAUUAGAUCAAAUCAAUAAUCCGGAAGAUCCCGAGACGCGUGACAUUUGGUGGACUGAACUUAGGAAAGAGAUUCGUUCGCAUAAUAGAGCGCUGGCCUGUAAUGCGGUGUUGGGUUACACCGAAGCCACUCAUAUAUACGAUGAGAUCUGCAUUUUGUCGGCCUCUGGAACGGCCGCUGUUCUCAAAACCGGUGAUUCCGAACACAUCUCUAAUUUGACGACAAAUGCAAACAUAAUGUCUGUAAAUGAUAAGAAAGAAUCCAAUUCUGACGCCGAACACAAUGUAAUUAAUAAAACACAUAAACUGGACAUCAAUGCGGCGCAAAAUCACACGGAAGACAAAAGUAUUGGUUGUUGUCAUUUGUGUCACAUUCCAUACUCGGAGACAUCGGUGCCAUUCCCGGCCACUCUAGUCAAGUGCAUGAUCUGCAAGAGAGCCAAAGUGCCGGACGUGCUCUUCAUGACGAUAGAGCCGCCCAAAGGGAUCCCGAUCUUAGGUCACGGGACGCUCAUUCAGGCGCGAGUUUGUCGAUCUAAAAAGGAGUCAAAGGGCGAACAGUGCGCUAAAGAGAUAUCCGAUGGACUUCCAUUCUUGGAAUACGAAUUACAUCGACAACUGUUGAGUAAAUUGAAAGUCAAAGGAAUGAACGGUUUGUUUGGCAUUUCAGUUCAGGUGUCUUUUGGUGAGAAUAUGUUGAUAGCGGUGGCGACGGGCACCGGAGCCUUCCUCUCACCACUGCUGCCGCCAUCGCCUCCUAAGAUAUCGUCCGGAAAAGGCAUUCAGUGCGCGAAACUGAGCGAAAUUCAA